AUGAGGGUCAUCUUCAUCCAGAACGCUGGGUUUGUCGCUGCUUUCUCGCCUUCCUCUCCCACAUACUCCUCGGUGAUGUGUUUGUUGGCAGCGGUAGUAGUGGAUUUAGCCAGAGCACAUCCGCGCCUCGAGGGGCUGUCCCGCGUGGACCGGUCUCCUCCGCCUCCUCCUCCUCCUGCUCUUCCUGCUCCUCCCGCUCCUCCCUCCUCCUCCUCUCCCGCCGACAGUCCUCCUCGGGACCGCAGAGGCUCAGGGGUGAAGAAGCAUCACCACAAACACAACCUGAAACACCGCUACGAGCUGCUGGAGACGCUGGGCAGAGGGACCUACGGGAAGGUGAAGAAGGCCAUUGAGAGGAGCUCCGGGAGAGUGGUCGCCAUCAAGUCGAUCCGAAAAGACAAGAUCAAAGACGAGCAGGACAAGGUUCACAUCCGGCGAGAGAUCGAGAUCAUGUCGUCGCUGCGUCACCCUCACAUCAUCUCCAUCUAUGAAGUUGACCUGGCACCAGCUGCAGACCAUUAUUCCUCUGCAACCAUCGCAGGCCGGAAAGACAAGCGUGUUUAG